CCACCUCUUACAUCGCUCGUUGCCGCCAAGCAGAAGAUCAGUGCUCGCUCUUCGCGUUGAUUUCGGGACGUUUUUCCAAAAAAAAACCACAUUCGGACCACGUUUUUUUUUUGAGAUUCGAUUAUUAUGUAUUUCAGGUCGAUUUACCUUUUCGCUUUACUCUUCGUGGUAACAGGUAAACUGAAUGGAUUUGAGGUUUCGGUCAAAACAAACCCCCCAGCAGUGGAAUUUGGACACUCUCUGGAGGUGACCUGCAGUACAACGUGUAACAACUCAAAGAUCUUUGUGGAAUAUAAACCAGGGAUAAAUCCCAACAGGACUCAUGGUGAUAAGUGGUUUACAGACCAAUUUCCGAGUGUCCAGCAAUGGGAUUUCUCAGCACCCUGUACUGUAAUCUGUCAAUAUCCGGGAAAACAACCAAUGAAGGAAGUCAAACAGGUGGUCCCAGUGUACAAUCGAAACUUAAGCAUUGCUCCGCCUCCUGAAGUGCUGGAAGUUAACAAACCAUAUCAGCUGGAGUGCACUGGCCCGAAGGUCUAUCCACAGAACAGACUCGUACUCACCUGGCUCAGAGGGAGUGAGACUGUUCAACGUAAUUCCACAGAGGACCCAGGUCUCCCGGAAGAUGGUCCAUUGAAGAAUGUCCUGAAUUUCACUCCAAGUAUUUCAGACAAUGGAAUGGUGUACACCUGCUUGGCAGAUUUGAACUUGGAUUCUAACUCCACCAAAUGGAUCGCAAAUGCAUCUGUAACUCUGCAAACUUACUCUUUCCCAGAGCAUCCCAAGAUCUUCAACAGCAACCAAGUAGAACUGAAUCAGCAGGUCCAGUUAACAUGCAAAAUCCCAAACGUCUAUCCUGCUGAGAAGAUGAGAGUAAUGUGGACGAAGGAUGGUACAAAAUGGAAGUCAGAUACCAAAGUGUCAGAUCACUCCACUGUCUGGGCGACAAUACCAUGGACCCCAAACGAGACCGGUCUGACUCAAUUCAACUGUACGGCAGACUUUGAGGAUUAUCCAUCCAUUCCGUCAAAGAUGGACUCCGUUGUUAUUGAGGCGUAUGUUUUCUCCAACCCUGAAAUCCACAUCCCGAUCACCACUAAGGAUAUUCCGGUGAAUAUUACGUGUAGUGUGCUUGACGUCUCAGGGGAACUUCAACUCAGUCUGAAGAAGGGAAGUGAGAUAUUAGUGAGCAGGUCAGCCAGUACUGGGCUGACCAUCUACCACACUGUGAAUCCACGAGCAGAGCUGAAUGGACAGCAGUUCACCUGCGAGGCCGAGCUGACAUUUCACCAUCACUCCAACACCAUUGUUAAAGGACAGUCCACCGCUCUCACUGUCUGUGAUUUUCCAGAGCCUCUGAGGAUCCUCGGCAGAGACCCUGUAGAAGUGAAUCAGGAGGUCACAUUAACAUGUGAGGUCCAGAACGUCUGUCCAGCUGAGAAGAUGAGAGUACGAUGGUUUUGGGGUGGUGAACAACAAAUUUCAGUAACAAAUCGGUCAGAUGCCAUCAGGGCAACAACUACAUGGACACCACAAGAGACCGGUGUGACUGAAGUCUCCUGCAUGGCAGAUUUUGAGGAUUAUUCAUCAAUUCCACCGAAGAACAAUAACGUUUUUAUUGAGGUUUAUGUUUUCUCCAACCCUGAAAUCCACAUCCCGAUCACCACUGAGGGUAUUCCGGUGAAUAUUACGUGUAGUGUGCUUGACGUCUCAGGGAAACUUCAACUCAGUCUGAAGAAGGGAAGUGAGAUAUUAGUGAACAGGUCAGCCAGUACUGGGCUGACUAUCUACCACACUGUGAAUCCACGAGCAGAGCUGAAUGGACAGCAGUUCACCUGCGAGGCCGAGCUGACAUUUCACCAUCACUCCAACAUCAUUACAAAAGAAAAGUCCAACAUUCUCACCGUCCAUGGUAAAGGAUUGGAGAUUUGGAUGAUUUGCUUAAUCAUCAUCAUCAUCACCUUAAUAAUUAUAGGUCUAGUGGCGGGAAUCAUCUGGUACGUGAAGUACAGACUAUCUAAAAGAGGAAAGUAUAAGGUAUCAAGUACAAUAGCCAACAAAGAUAAUGGAAGCUGUUGCAAAAAUGAACAUCAGAACUCUAUUCCUCUAGUCCAGAGACCUUAAAGCUGGAACACAGCAACCUGCAAACAAGUUCAACCAAUACAAAUGGUAUUAAAAACUGCUGAUUCUGUGAGACGCCACAAUGUUCCAAUUGUCAUUGAUGAUAUUAUGCCUAAUCCUUAAUAUUUGCCAUUCCUUCUUAUUUGAUGAUAUAUUUGCAAAGGACCAAGUGGACACAAACACUCAGUGGCCACUUUAUUAGGUACACCUGCUUGUUAUUGCGAAUAUCUCAUCAGCCAAUCAGGUGGCAGCAACUCAAUGCAUAAAAGCACACAGACAUGGUCAAGAGGUUCAGUUGUUGUUCAGACUGAACAUCAGAAUGGGGAAGAAAUGUGAUCUGAGUCACUGACCAUGGAAUGAUUGUUGGUGCCAGAUGAGGUGGUUUGAGUAUCUCAGAAACUGCUGAUGUCCUGGGGUUUUUCAUGCACGACAGUUUUUAGAGUUUACAGAGAAUGGUGUGAGAAACAAAAUAGAACAUCCAUUGAGUGGCAGUUCUGUAGAUGAGAACGUCUUGUUAAUGUGGGAGGUCAGAGGAGAAUGGCCACAGUGGUUGACAAACGGGCAGAAAUGCGACAAAUAACCACACGUUACAACAGUGGCGUGCAGGAGAGCUUCCCUGAAUGCACAUGUCGAACGUCGAAGUGGAUGGGCUACAGCAGCGUAAGAUCAUGAACGUACACUCAAUGGCUAAUUUGUUAGGUUCAGGUGGUCACUAAUAAAGUGACCUCUGGUGUAUUUAGUAAUGGUUACUUAUACUGUACCAUAAUUGGUUUCUGUUGUGAUACUGUAUGUGCCUUUUGCAAGCAGUUAGAUCUUUUAAGCUUUAAUUACUGUAGUUUCUAAAUAGAUGCUGUGUAUUUUAUAAAAAUAUUCCUAUUUUUUAAUAAAGACAUUUUUAUUGUA